AGACACAAGAUCCUCCCUCCGCUUCCAUAAAAAAAUUAGUUUAUCAUCAUCAUCAUCAAUAACAGAGAACAGUACAAAGACGCCUCUUUUAAACUAGUCAGCAAAUUCACUCCAACGCACAAACCAUUCUUUUAACUUCAUUCGUGUGUUACCUUUCCCUUAAACUAUAUUCCUCGAAAGCCUCCUUACUGAACACUCUCUUUUUCACCCAUCUUUCUUCACCCUCCUCCUUUCCAUUCUUAAUAAACAAUAAUGCAAUCAACGUUGACGAAACCAUGCAUCGCCCAGGGACACCGUGAGUGUGUCCGGGGUUUCCACACAGAGGACUGCCACAAGUGCACUCGUGGAUCGGGACUCAUCAUCCUGCAAUUCUGCUUUGAAGGUCGUAGGGAAUGUAAUGAAUGCUUUGGGCUGGGUCACACCCGACGCAUUUGUCAACCCUGCAUCAAGGAACAUUAUCGCGGCCGGACCCCAAAGGCCAAGGCUGUGAAAAAAGUCAAGAGUCAGCUAGAGUUUGCACAGGAACAGUUCUCAAAGAGUGUGGAUUCUCUCACUAACGUCAUUACUUCUACCACAAACUCGCUUGAUGAAGUCAUUGGGACUUUCAAAUGGGGAAAUAAGAGCGAACCGGAUGUAUCAUCCCAUGGUCUUGCUGCUACAACGACAACUACUGCAGACAAUGAGAAUGCUUCCACCCCAACAACUAUCUCUCCUCGACCUUCUGUUUCAUCUUCAUCAUCAGUAUUCACUUCUAUUAUCAAGCGAGGCAGGAAUAAUUUACUGGAAACACACCGUCGCAAGUGGUCAUGGUCUUCCUUUACGAGCAUGCCUAACACCUCCACCGCAGCAUGAAUAAGGAGCAAACAACCAAACAAACAAGCAAACAAAAAAGAUCCUUUCGAUUCCUCCCCACUUGUAUAUUAGUUUCAUCUUAUAGCAUUCACACGACUUCAUAUUUCUUUGUUAAAAUAUUCCGCUUAUGAUACUCCUUCUUCUUUGCAAUGAUAACGAAUAACGAAAUUAAAGAGACAUUAAUUUUUUCCAUC